AAAACUCAAAACACGGAUCGAUUUUUAAACGGCACUUAUCUAUAUUUUCGAUUAAUUGGAUUCGAAUUUGAAAACGAAAACCAUUACAUGAAAGUGAUAUUAAGAAUGGCUCUCGUCAAUGUUGUUUUUGUUGUUGUGGGUCUUUGUUUGUAUGUUGCCUUCGCAGAGAUAAAUCUUUAUGCGAAAACAGAAGCAUUACUUAAUAUAAAUUACUAUUUUGUAGCAGUUGCAAAAAUAAUAACAAUGAUUCCAAAUCGCAAACGUAUUCUUGAAGCAUUUAAUGAAUUCCAUGAAACGCAUCCUGGAAAAUGCAUAUUGGAAAAUGCCUACAUUUAUCAAAUGCACGAAAAGAAGUACAAAUUAAUUGAAAAAGUCGUUGUUAAAUUUUUUUGGAGUGCUAUGAUUUUUUAUUGUUUUCAAGCAUUAACAGUGUCGUUUAUUGAUUUGGUAAUGAAAGGAACAUUCACAUUUAAUUUACCCUGGAUGAUGGUGUGGUAUGGAAUAGAAUUUCCUAAAGAAAAUGUACCGUAUUACGUUUUUAUGUAUAUUUCUCAAACUUGGUCUAUUUACGUAGCUGCGAGUAUAUCAUUGGCAAUGGAUUUGUGUAUUUAUAGUUCAAUAAUACAAUUAAAUAUGCGAUUGGAUAUUAUAUGCAAGAAUAUAAUUAAUAUUGAGCCUGAUGAAACCAACAAAGCCUUUAAAGAACUGCAAAAGGAAAUUAGUGCUCAUCAACGAUUUAUAAGACUCGCCGAGAAAUUGAAUAUCGUUUUUACACCAUCAGUACUUUUCAGUUUGCUCUCAUCUUCAUUGAUAAUUUGCUUUACUGGAUUUCAAUUGCUCGGAGAAUUAUCAUUAUUUAUAGUUGUCAAAGCGAUAUUUUUACUGGCCUAUGAAUUGAAACAAGUUGCUAUUACAUGUUUCUUGGGAGAUAAACUUAUCGAAAUUAGUCUUAAAAUUAGUGAUGCAAUUUACGAACACAAAUGGUAUAAUGGCACACCAAAAUAUAGACGACUUGUUUUGAUGGUUCUAAUGCGAUCGCAACACAGUGUUGCUCUUCAUAUUGCUGGAAUUUCAGAUAUAUCACUUCAAACUUUUCGACAGGUUAUGAGCAUCUCGUACCAAAUUUUCACUGUUCUUAGAACUGGAUAGUUAUAUCACCCCAACAAGAAAUAAAGAUAUUUUU